AGAGAGAGAAAGAGAGAGAGAGAAGGAAAGACAGUGAUGUACUGGGACACUGUCGUCAAACCCGGAGACAGACACACAGACAGCAAAGACUCGAAUAUAAAGAUGGAGAUUUGCCAGACUGGAUAUUACACAGAAGACUUCAGGACACAGGAAGUGCCAGCUGGCUUCGACUUUGCAUCUUAUGACUACCCUGGUGAAGACCUGUCUUUUCUGUUAGACAGUAAAACACACGGGCAGCAGCAGUAUCCAGCAGAGACCAGGUACCCAGAGGCACCAAAGGCUUCUCAUCCUUACGAGACCAAAGUGAGCACCAGUGACACUGCUCUCUUCAACCUGGACUCGUACCAUGAGUUCAACUGGUGGGCCUCAUAUCCACAUGCAGACGGGCUGACGGUAGAUCAGUCGCAAACUGGAUACCAGGAGUCUCAACACACAUACCAGAGCCUGGUGCCCCAGAAUGGACAGUUCAGCCCAGCCAUGGAGGGCAGCCACAGCCCCUUUCUAACUGGAAAAGGAUCAAACGCAGUACAAAGUGAGACCGAUCAGAGCUACUACGACUCUGACGGACAGAGGCAGUCGUCUGCCUUCUGGCCCGAAUACCCGUCUCCCAGCUACGCUGCCCCCCUGCCACACCCGGCUCCGGCCUCCUGCCCCUCAAACUCCAGCCCUCAGCCCUCGGAGCAGUACUGCCCCCGUGUGGCCAAACGUAAAAACGCACACCCCCAGAGGCCGGACAGAGAGGGACAGAUGACAGGCAUGUCAGCCUAUCCAGGUUCUGGUCCAAUCCAGUUGUGGCAGUUUUUACUGGAGCUACUUCUGGACUCCGCCUGCCGUACCUUCAUCUCCUGGACGGGAGACGGCUGGGAGUUUAAGAUGUCCGACCCCACAGAGGUGGCCAAGCGCUGGGGCCAGUGCAAGAACAAACCCAAGAUGAACUACGAGAAGUUGAGCCGCGGCCUGCGUUACUACUACCACAAGAACAUCAUCCACAAGACGGCGGGCAAACGCUACGUCUACCGCUUUGUCUGCGACAUGCAGGGCAUGCUGGGGAAGACGGCGCAGGAGGUCCUGACCAGUCUGAACGUUUUGCCCACAAACAGCGAGUCGUGGCAGUGCCCUGGGGUGCCGGUGGCAGUGACGUCGGAGCACAGCAGUGACACAUGGGCGUCACAGUAGGAAACGGGUGCCCGGACUGGACUGGUGCUGCUGGCUGAGGGUGACCAGCAUAUUUUAACAAAGCACUACACCCCUCAAAGUCAACGCUGCCUCUUCAAGCCCCGGGAUGAGCUGCAGAGUCCUCGUGGGGUGGUGUUGUCACAGUCAGACCAGGAGCCAGUUUGUAGAUGCUGCAUUUCAGGGGGGAAAAAAAUGACCAAAAACUCAUAAAUUCACCAUGCAACCAGUCUUUAAAGACAACGUGUUACUUUUUCUUAAAUAACAGAUCGUGCUCAAUGGGAGUCUUCUCAUACCGGACUAGUUGACAUAAAGCUCCUUCACCUCAGAGCUAAAUAACGGCAGCACAUGGGGCAUUUUAAGCUCUAAAAAUAGAUCCUUUCUUCAAUGUUUGGGGCCAUAUUUUCAUUUGAUGUGUUUCUAAGGAGGAAUUGGUUUGUAAAUAGUGUCUAUAUGAA